AUGGCCGGGCUCUACCUCGUCCCCAUCCCCAUCGCAGCCCCGCUCAUCAUUCUCACCGUCGCGCUGAUCCCCCUAACGCCCCUCGCGUGGGUCUGGAUCGUGUGCACCGGUGUUUCGCGCGGUAUCCGUGACGGCGCUCGGCCGGCAGAUGCUGUCAAGACGAUAGGCCGCAGGUUCGGUCUUACUGUCGGUGUGCCAUGGGUAGCGGUCAUCGUGUUGUGUGGGAUGGUUGUGGCGCAGUUGGUGUUGAUUCCGUUUGUGUUUUUACACCAGCUGCGUGCAUUUUGGGAGAGUUUGGCGCGGGCGUAUGAGUAUUUUGGUGAAACACAACUUCAGAACACCCGACCGGAGGAUGGGGACGACUUGGUUGCUCAUGGGCCAUCUGUUGAGGGACUUGAACCAUACACCUUCACACCUCUCCCACCAACUACGAGGCACGACACUCCGAUCCGUCUCUUAACCCUCUACCCAGGAUCCUUCAACUCACCUCUCUGCGGGGCAUUACUGACAGCCUCCCUUUCUUCUCACCCCCCAUACGACGCCCUGUCCUAUUGCCCCGACCUCCCAAUCUCCAACCCGACCACCAACCCCCACAACAAUACACCUACCCUCUUCGUCUCAGAUUCCCGGCGACCAGAAGCGUCGCAACCCCGCGACGACACGGACAGUAAGGCCUCAACAUCAUGGCACACCCUCACCCUUCCACACACCCUCGCUACCGCCCUACGGCAGCUCCGACACACCACCACGCCACGAACGAUUUGGGUUGAUACGGUGUGUAUCAACGGUGCCAAUCUCGCGGAAAAGUCCCAGCAGGUGGGCGUGCGAGAUUCCAUAUUUUGCGGGGCGCGUGAGGUCAUUGUCUCGACUGGCCAGGAUCGUGGGGUAGCUGGGGAAGAUGGAGAUGAUGUGGCCCAAUUGUUUGAGUGGGUCAAUGGUCUUGGUGAAGAUGAGGUGUCGUCCCCGUUGGGUGGGUUGGAUUUACGAGGGAAGAACUUGCUGGGGCAGGUGACAGCUUCGCAGGAGUGGGGGGUAACGGGGUGGGCUAGAUGGGCCGUGGGUCACAAAAGACAGGAGAGGGUGGAUCAGAUCAUUGCUGAUGUUGAAGUGGUAUGGAUGAAAUGGGGAGAGAAGGUGAGGAAGCUUUGGAAGCUGGUGCAGGAAGAGUAUCGGGUCGCGGUCUUGGGGCUGACCCCAAUUCGUCCGGCUGCGGCCCCGAAGGACGUUUCUGGUACGAUACGGGCGUUCUUUCGUCGGGACUGGUUCCAACAACUUUGGUCACUCCAUGACAUGGCGCUACCAGAGCUAUCUCGAAUUCGGAUCGCUUACGGCGACAAGUCGAUCUCGGCCGAGCGUCUGAUCUAUCUUUCACAACUGGCCGGUCGAACAGAACGCGCACAGGGAUGCGAUUUUGAGAGGAUAUGCAGGUGGCUUGGGGGCCAGAUGGUGCGGAAGAACUCGGAAAGGCUUUCAUUGCUGAACAUUCUUAUCGGAACGCGAGAGCUCAAGUACAUCGAUCCGAGGGACAAAGCUUUUGCUGCGCUCAACAUUGCACGACGGAUAAACAACAACGAGUCCCGAGAUCCUUACACAGGCCUGACAAUCGAUUACAACAAAUCGGUAGCUGAUGUCUUUGGCUCACUUUCGGCUCAUCUCAUCCAACAGUACGGCCCAGGCUUUUUCUUCGCUUUGAACAAAUCUCCUCCAAAAAUCGAGAACCUGCCAUCCUGGGCAGCCGACUGGAGCGUGCCGUGGCCAAACGACCGUGCCCUAUCCAAGGUUGACCCAUCAGUCUAUUCCCAAGUACUCGACGAGAAGCAGGAGACGUUGGAAUUCACCCCCGACAAAGACGGCCGACUUGUGUUCUCCAUCACGCGGCCAAGAGUUGUCCGUGGUUUCUUCACGCGGGACGGGCACAUUGACGACGAGUCGAGGGCCCGCAUAGAAAAUUGCGGACAUGUCCUCAUGCGCUGUCCCGCGUAG